GCCGUCGUCUCGUCUCGUCUCAUCGCUCCAGCAUCCAGCCCGCCAGCCCACCAGAAGGAAAAGCAGCCGCAGAGCAUCGCAGCCGAUAUGGUCUCGACGACAGCCGUCCCCAGUGGGGGCUUCAACUUUGAAAACUUCACCAGAAAUGCAAUGAUGCUCAACAAUGGAACAGCCAUCCCCAAGGCCACCAAGACCGGCACCACAAUUGUGGGACUGAUCUUCAAGGACGGUGUCGUUCUGGGCGCCGAUACUCGAGCCACAGAGGGCCCGAUUGUCGCCGACAAGAACUGCGAGAAGAUUCACUAUCUUGCGCCAAACAUGUACUGCUGUGGCGCUGGUACCGCUGCCGACACCGAGAUGACGACCAACUUGAUUUCCUCCAAGCUUGAGCUGCAUGCCUUGUCGACUGGUCGUGAAGCUCGGGUUGUGACGGCCAUGACCAUGCUGAAGCAGAUGCUCUUCAAGUACCAAGGACAUAUCGGUGCAGCUCUUGUCCUGGGCGGCUACGACAUCAGUGGCCCGCAGCUGUACACCAUCGCGCCCCAUGGCAGUACCGAUAAGCUUCCAUACGUCACCAUGGGUAGUGGAUCACUCGCGGCCAUGGCCAUUUUUGAAGCCAGAUGGAGAAGAGACAUGACGCGCGAAGAAGGAAUCCAGCUGGUCAACGACGCUAUUGAGGCCGGUAUUUUCAAUGACCUUGGAUCCGGCAGUAAUGUGGAUGUAUGUGUGAUCACCAAAGGAAACGUGGAGUAUCUGCGAAACUACAAUCGGCCCAACGAGCGCGGUGCAAAGGAGCAAAGCUACGCACGACUGCUUCCCCCGGGAACAACAGCCAUUCGCUCGACCGAUAUCCGUCAAUUCGUCACCGUCGCUGAGGCCGAUGCCAUGGAUACAAGCUAAAGGGGCUGAUAAGGAGAAUCGGGCCACUCGGUCUUGUGUUAACCCGUCUAAGCCCGGUACCCUUGACGGCCAAAUACAUCCAAUAAACAGCCAUUUAUCCGCGACAACCGUGCCAGCACUCAUAGUAUGAAGCGGGACACUACGAAAUCAUCAAGCGUUUAGCGA